AUGACUCAACUUGCUGGAGCGAGCGUUGGUGAAAACGCUUUAAAAACCCUGUGGAUGCAGAGGCUCCCUACGAGAGUUCAAGAAGUCUUGACUAUCAUAGAUGAUGCUCCAUUGGAUCGUCUGGCGAAGGUCGCUGAUAAGACAAUGGAGCGUUCAGCACUGGAAAUGGCCGCCGUGGCGGAACGUCCUCCCGCCAGGAAGGACGCCAUCGUUGACGUUAGGCGAGAUCAAGAUGGCGACCUGGCAGCCAUUGUGAAGAGGCUUUCUAAGAUCGAGACGAGGUUGUCACGUCGUCAACGGAGCCCAGCAAAACGCCGCUGGUAUAGAAGACGUAGCAGUUCAGGAAGUGCAAAGCGGCGAAAUGGCCUGUGCUAUUUCCACCAUAGAUUCGGAAGCGAAUCUUGGAAGUGUAGACAGCCCUGCGCAUGGAGUGGCCCCGACAAGAGGAAGUCGGAAAACUAG